AUGGGGACUGCCCGAGGGUCGCUGGUGAAUCGGGGCAAGGGGGUCGACGGUUGCCCCUGCCGAGGGGGCAGAUGGCGACACAACGCUUCGGACGCCAGUGUCACGGCCAAGCGCCUGAGCAUUGACCUGCUGCAGCUCAAGGGCCACCUCUGCCUGACCUUUACGGAUAACGGGGUGGGAAUGACCCCUCACAAGCUGCACCGCAUGCUCAGCUUUGGUUCCAAGGAGAAGGCCGGGCCGAGUAGCCCCCCGUGCAUUGGGCCGUGUGGAAAUGGCUUCAAGUCCAGCUCCAUGCGGCUGGGGAAGGAUGCGAUCGUCUUCACCAAGAAUGGCGGGGCCCUCACCGUGGGGCUGCUGUCCCAGACCUACCUGGAACGUGUCCAUGCUGAGGCGGUGACUGUGCCCCUGGUGCCAUUUAACCAACAGAACAAGAAGAUAAUUUUUACCGAAGACUCUGUGCCCAGCCUGGAGGCCAUCCUGGAGCAUACGCUCUUCAACACCAGGGAGGAGCUGCUGGCACAGUUUGAUGCCAUCCCAGGCAAGAAGGGCACGCGCAUCCUCAUCUGGAACAUCUGCAGAAACAAAGAUGGGAAGCCAGAGCUGGAUUUUGAUACGGAUGAAUAUGAUAUCCGGUUAGCAGACUUCCUUACAGAGAACAUGGAGACUCGUGGCAAAAAAAUUAUGCCCUGUCGGGAGAUGGUCCCAGAGUUUUCUAUCCUAGAGACAGAGUACUCAUUGCGGGCGUUUUGUAGUAUCUUAUACCUGAAGCCUCGCAUGCAGAUUGUCCUGCGGCAGAAGAAGGUGAACACCCAGCUGAUCUGCAAGAGCUUGGCCAAGACCGAGUAUGACGUGUACAAGCCCACCUUUGCCAACAAAAGAGUGAGGAUCACCUUUGGAUUCAGCUGCAGGAACAAAAGCCACUAUGGGGUCAUGAUGUACCACAAGAACCGCCUCAUCAAGCCCUAUGAGAAAGUGGGCUGCCAGAAGAAGGGAGAAGGCGUGGGUGUCAUCGGAGUAAUUGAAUGCAACUUCUUAAAACCAGUACAGAACAAACAGGACUUUGAAAAAAGCAAGGAGUACCGACGGACAGUCACAGUGCUGGGGCAGAAACUCAACACCUACUGGAAGACAAAGAUGGCCCAGAUGAACUUGGGGAGUGCAGAUACAGCCUGCGUCAUAGCAGAGAGACCAGAUCAGACAUGGGUGCAGUGCGAGGAGUGUCUGAAAUGGAGGAAACUCCCUGACAAGGUUGAUCUCGCGUCUUUGCCGGAGAAGUGGUUUUGCUAUCUCCAUCCUCACCCCAAAUACAGAAACUGCUCAGCACCCGAGGAUCAGGACACCAGCGAUGAGGAGAAGAGCCCCAGCCUCAGCCAGAAGUACAGGAAAGGGGAGCUGAGUGCAGAGAAGAAGAGGAGGAGGUCGUUUUCCUUGCCAUCAGGGGAGAGCGUGGAGCAGCAGGUGACACAGAGUUUCGCGCAGCAUUACCAAGACAGGGGAGACCUCGUGUACAUAAAACAGGAGACCAGUGGAGGCGGCAGCUUGUGCACGUACCUGCUCACAGGGCUGCCGGGCGCCCUGGGCACCCCCUGCCCCACGAGCAGCGCGUGGCGCUGGGACGGAGGCUGCCGCAGGGAGGACGCUCCAGGCCCGUCCGCCGGCUCGGCAGCAGCGCAAAAAGACCCUGUCAUGGUCCAGGGAGAGCUGGAAGGCCGAAUGCCAAACCUGGUAGCAGAAAGCCAGGCUGCAGACAGGAGCGUUUGUGUGAACGUGUACGGGAGCGCCCAGGACGUGCCGAAGGGGCCCUUCGUGGCAGUCGUUGGUGUUUCAAAGGCUGCUGCAGGCACCGAAACUCCCCUUCAGCUCUUCCCCUUUGGGUGGAAGGAGACACUGGACAGGCCAAGCAUGGGAAAGGCCCCGUGCCUCAGGACUGGAAACAGCAGAGGAGAAUUGCAGGUUUUGAACCUAGGGAAGCAGGAGGAUGUGAUGGAGCAGGAGAACAUGAGAAGAGCAGUGGAGAAUAUCUCUGUGAAGCUGGAGAAUAUUUCAGCAGAGCGGGAUUUGCUCCAGUGCAAGGUAGAGGAAGUAGAGCGUGAAAAGUGUUACCUGAAAACAGAGUUCUUGAAAAGCCAGCAGGAACUGGCAGUGCUCAGAGCUCAGGAGACUGAAGGCUUGUACUGGAGCAAGAAACAUAUGGGUUACCGCCAAGCUGAGGUGCAGGAGCUGAAAGCAAAGCUGGCAAGAUCCAUGGAGGAGAAGGAUGAGCUGAUGGAAAGACUCAAGGAGACAGAGAUGCACUUAGAGGUGCUCAGGGAGACACAAGUUUCCUGCAGGGGCCCAGAGAAAGGAGAUGUGAAAAGUGUUCUGGAGAAACUUAAGAACCUGCGUAUGAAUGUGAGCUGGCUGCUUUCCUUGGUUCUCCCCCAUUUGGAGCUUCAGGAGAUUAACUUUGAGUCGGAUCAGGUGGAUGAGAUCUUGCAGACUGUGCUGGAGACAAACCGCAUGUUGGAGUAGUCUGUUCUCUCUUGCCACUGUGCCUUUUUUCAUGUGUCUAGAUCCCAAAGCUGUUUUUGUGGCC